AUGACCUUGCAGAAUGUGAAUGUGGGCAUUCCUGCGGAGGAUAUUGCUCUUCCUACCGCAAAGACGGUGGAUUGGUUUCCCAGGCUGAGACCUAUUGAACUCAAAAAACUAGACAACAAUGAGCUGUGGGUGCUGCGGAUGAUGUUGACCAGGCCUGAUAGGAGGGCAAGGCCCGUUGUGCGGGAAAAGAGUGGUGAGGAUGCUGCCCUAUGGAGGAUGUUUGAUCCGGACUUCAAGGGCAAGGUUGAGUUACUUCCGUGCGCGGAAGGUGAAGGUUUUAAUCUGGACAUUGUUGGCAACUUUCGCGUUCCUACGCGUGAUGUGUUGAAUGCACCCCUGCCGCAAGGCAAAGGUAAUCUUGGGGCUCUGGGAAUGUUUGAAGCGAAGACCGUCCCCAAGAAGCAUGCGGAGAAGAAGCAUGCAGAAAAACUUGUGCGGGGCUUCCAGAAGAAAAAACCUGAGGCCACUGCCGUGCCUUCUUUGGUGUCGCAUGCGGCAGGUGGUGGUGCGGCUGCAGGUGGGACCUCUGUCGGUUCCAAGCCUGCUGAUGAGAGGAAGAGAAAACCAGAGAAGGCUGUUGAUGCUGGUGAAAAGAAGCGUUCGCGGAUACAAACCAAGCGGACAACUGUUGUUUCUCAAACAAAGCCUGUGGUUGCAGCUGAACCGCAACAACGAGACUUCUCCUCUUUGUUUGAUGCUCCCCUUUCUCCCCCGCAUGACACGGCCAUGGAUGCGGGGGUUAAUAAGGAAUUUACCUGCCCUUUUGUCAAGGUGGUAAGCGAGCCCCCUGCGCGGGCAGAGGAUAUUGUGAAGAAGACUGCGGCUCAGAUUUUUGACACAGUUGACUCCUCCGACAAUCUGAUCUCCCCGGAGGAUACUGGUGAUCUGAACCUUAAGUUUGCUGAUGGGGAGAAGCAACAGUCUGAUGCUGAAAAGCACAAGACUCCUACUACCGAGAAGGCUUCUGGUUCCGCUUCUGGAGGUGCCCGUGCCUUGCCCCGUGAGCUCCGUAUCAACCAACUCUCCUCCAUGCUUGUGGGGAGUUCCAUAGUGGCGAAUGCCAUUAUGGAAGAUUAUAAGGUGCUGGGGCGCAGGGAGGAGGAAACUGCUCGCUUGCGGGCCGAGGCGGAAGAGUUGGUGAAGGCUGCUCGUGAGGGUGCGGAGCAGCUCGAAAGGGAUAAGGCUGCCUUUGAUUGGAAAGAAACACUUUCUAAUGAGCGCAAGAGCUGGAAAGAAUCUUGGGCCAAACAGAAUGAAACGCUGUUUCGUGUUCGUCAGGAGCUGACUAAUGUCAAGGCAGCGAAUGCUGCUUUGGGCAAGGAGAAGGUUGCGGCUGAAGCGGUUGCUGGUAAGGCCAAGGAGGCGGAGGCCCGGACUACAAAAGCUCUUGAAGAGGCCAAAGAGGCGGGGGCUCGUGUUGCCAAGGCCCUUGAAGAAGCAAAUGCUGAUCGCACCCACUUAAACCAGACCGUUGCGGGCCUUCAGAUUGUUAAGGCUAUCCUUGAUGCCCCUGAGAACGUAACUGGUGUAGACCAGAUUAGGCUGCGCGCACAGGAUGCUGGUUUUAAAGCUGGGCUUCUUGCUGCCGCUCUUGCCGCAUACGAGAACAUGUCUAUUUCCUCCCUUGAGAAGCUUGACGAAUGCUUGGAUGCGGAAGACUAUGUAGAUCAUUUACGGAUGUUGUAUGCUGAUGCUGAAGAGUCGGAAAAGGAAGAGACUGCUGGUGACGACAAAGGUGGCGCGGGUACCACCGGUACAAAGAAGGACUAG